AUGAAGUAUAUAGUAACUCGUUUUAAAAAGAGAGCUCAAACUUGUAGUAUCUGCCUCAAUCCAAUAGAGUUUCAAGGUAAAGUUGACGCCUGCCAGCACACGUAUUGCUAUGACUGCAUAUUACGCUGGUCUGAAGUAAUUUUUUACUUAGGUUGAAAACACAUGCCCUGUUUGCAAAACAAGAUUUUCGUUUGUAUCAUUAAUACCUCACAGACUUAAUUACAGAAUAACAAGAAACAGAAAAAAUCAAAUAAAAAUAAAACAAGCAAAUCAGCAUAUGAAUUACACUAAUGAGACUUUAAACGCUACUAUAAGGCAUGCACAAGAAAGCAUUAAUCAAGAAUACAGAAUACUACUUACUCCCUCCCCCUUUUAAAUUGGAACAAAAAUUUUUGUACCAAUUUAAAGGGGGGUUAAUUUUUUUUUUUAAAAAAAAUAUCAAAUAUAAAAUUUUUUAUAAAAACAAAAUUUUCAAAAACUUAUCGAAUAAGAUCAAUAAAUUUGUUUAAUGAAAUGAUAUUUACUUUUUAUCCUUUAUAACAAAGCAAGAUAUAACUAAAUUUUCAUUAUUAGUUAAUAUGCCACUAUUAAUUGGUAUCAAAAUUAUUUACACCUAAAUUAUUAUUUUUAUUGGUAAAAAAAAUUAAAAAAAAAAUUUUAGAAAAUUUAUCGAUCAAAGUGCUAAUUUUGUUUAAAUAAGAUGCUAUUUAUACUCUAUUCUUUAAAAUAAAGCAAAAAAUAAGUAAAUAUUUAAUUUUAUAAAGAAUUCGUAUUAAAUUUUAAUCAACACUAUUUAAAUAAAAAAUAUCAUUUUUAUCAAAAAAGAUAAAAAUUGUUUUAAAAAAUUUUUAAAAAAAAAAAUUAAUUUUUUUUUUUAAAUUUAGCAAUUAAGGAUAAUAAAUUUAUUUAAAUAAGAUGCUCUUUAUACUCUCUUCUUUAAACAAGAGCAAGAUAUAACUAAAUUUUUAAUUUUAGUUAAGAAGAAACAUUUAACAUAUAUCAAAACUUUUUAGAUAAAAAUUAUAUAUAGUGAUUGCCCGAGGAUGGCGCUAUCUUGCGCCAUCCUCGGGCAAUUUCAAUAUAAUUUUUUAUUAUAAAAUUAAAUUUUGUUCUAAUUUAAAGGGGGGUUAAUUUACCAAAAAAGUGAAAAUUUACCUAUAUUUUGCUCCAAUUUAAAGGGGAGAGUUAGAGAAUUGUAUGAUUUCUAUAGAAAAGAGGCGAUAUAGAUAUUAGAGAUCUUCGACACUUAGUUCUUUCUCUCAUAGAGUAG